AUGAAGCACCUCGCCGCCUACCUUCUCCUCAGCCUUGGUGGCAACACUGCUCCUUCUGCCCAGGAUGUCAAGACCGUUCUUGAGUCCGUCGGCAUUGAGGCUGACGAGGAGCGCCUGAACACGCUCAUCUCUGAGCUCAAGGGCAAGGACAUCAACGAGCUCAUCGCUGAGGGCUCCGGCAAGCUCGCUUCCGUCCCCUCUGGUGGCGCUGGCGGUGCCGCUCCCGCUGCUGGCGGUGCUGCCGCUGCCGCUGCUGACGCCCCCGCUGAUGAGCCCAAGGAGGAGGACAAGGAGGAGUCCGACGAUGACAUGGGAUUCGGUCUCUUCGACUAA